AUGGGCAAGGCCAACUCUAGCAUCUCUCGAGCUUUAUGUGGCCUUCUAACAAGUAACGAACUUCCUGAAUGGGAUGAGAACGAGUUGCUUGGUCAAGAGGUUGCUGAAAACACCGUGGCAUAUAAGGUGAAACAGAAGCUGCUCCAAGGAACUGUUAAAGCGGCUAUAUCGUCACCGGCACCGAUCAUUGAGACCCAUCAACCCGCUCAGCAAGAGCCUCAGCAUCAAUGGCGCGAAUCCCCUCGGUAUCAGCAGACGCUCCCCGUACGGACUACCAACUUCCGAGAUGCAUACACGAGCAUUCCACCUGUUCGAUUCGAGAACGAGGAAGUUGAGGCCGAUCUCACGAUUAGAUUCAUUAAGAUAUGGGACAAGAAACUAGCCUAUACCGGCGAACCAUACGAUAUCUUCGAUGACAAGAUCCGGAAAUUCAUGAGCGUGUGCCGUCAAGCAAACAUUCCUCCGUCUAAAUUCCAUGGUGUUUUCCCUUCGAUUCUGGCCAAGGAAGCUCAGUCCUUCUUUCUACACGAAAUCAGCACUGAUUUAACCUUCGCUGAGAUGUAUCAGAAGAUGAAAGAGCACUUUGACACCGAAAUCAACCAGAAGAUGUAUCAUACCCACUGGAGCACCCUCACCUUCAGCCGACUUCGGGCUGAGAUGCCCGGAGAGCACUCGGGGAUAAGUCUGGCGGCGAAGGUGGCCUGA